UGCUCCCAUGGAAUACGAAUCGCUUCCUCUCCAAUCCUCUCUCCCUCGCCAACCUAAAGGGGGUUAUUAUUAUCUUUAUCAAAGCCGAGUUCUAUGAAAUCUUCUAUCUUUCAGAGUGCGUGAAUUUUUCAAUUCAAGGCAUGGAAUCUGUUGUGGCCACCGUCAGUGGAUACCAAGGCUUGGAGAGAUGCAGGCUCAUCAAGCUGAUAUCUCAGUCGGGUGCAAACUAUGUUGGGACCAUGUACCAGUCCACAACUCACUUGGUGUGUUGGAAAUUUGAGGGAAGGAAAUAUGAAUUUGCUAAGAAGUUCAAAAUUCUGGUAGUUAACCAUCGCUGGUUUGAAGAAUGUGUAAAACAAAGAAGACGUGUCCCUGAACAACCUUAUCUUUCACAAAGUGGACAAGAAAUUGGACCAUUGCUGUUGGAAGUGCCGCUUGUUUCUGCGAACACUAGUCUCUUUCCCCCUUAUCAGGCUAAUGCACACAAUGAUCAUAAAGGACCUGUUACUGAUAUUGGUUAUGAAACAUCUGACCCUUUUGCUGGCAUUCGUUCUCGCUUGCUAAAUGAGAAUUUGUUUCCUCAAUACUGUACACGCAACAAUAGUUCUCGUAAAUUAAAUAAAAGAGCAGUUGGAAUUGAAAAAAGUCUGAACCACGGUUGUUCUGGCAGCAGAUGCCAUGAGGAGCCUCUGUCAUCUAGAUUACCUCAAGUGGAUGAGGAACCAAAUUUUCUUCCCUCUAGGCAAUUGCCAAGGCAGAAGGAGAGAAAUGUUAUUUCAGUUGAUCCUUCUAGCAAAAGACGUAGGCUGGUGAAAAAGAAUGUCAUGGAGUACUUUUUUCCUUCAGACAAAGACCAAAAGUGCAACCAACGUAGUUUUCGCUAUCAACACAAUGAUCUUGCAGUUUCGUCAAGCCAUUCAGAUGGUACAAGUAAUAAGAAGAACUUGAACAUUUUGGGAACUUCCAAUUGGCGCACCUAUGGUCUUGGAGGAACUGGGAAGAGAAGUUCAGAAGUUGACGAGGUGGGAGAUUUGAAUGAUGUUCUAACCCUUUGUGAUUCAGAUGUACAUUCUGGGGAUGCUCUGGCUGCUGCAGGAAGACAUUUAGAGGAUCAGGGUUCUAAUGUUAGCACGAAUUUAGAAAGGACUGAAAAUGUAACUCGACCUGCGUCAACAGAUUUAUCAUGUGUGAUAUGUUGGACAGAUUUCAGUUCAACUAGGGGGGUUUUGCCUUGCGGGCAUAGGUUUUGUUUCUCAUGCAUCCAGAACUGGGCCGAUGUAAUGGCUUCAAAGAGCAAAAUUUCCACAUGUCCUUUGUGCAAGGCCAGUUUUGUCAGCAUAGCAAAGGUUGAUGAUGCCGCCUCUUGUGAUCAGAAAAUAUUCUCACAAACUGUCCCAUAUGAUCCUUCAAUGACAGAUGUUUACAUUCUUCCAGAUCGUGAAACAGAGACUUUUCAGCCUCAGGUUGUGCAUUCCACAACAACGCUAGUUUGUAGUGAAUGCUGUUGCCGGGAACCUGAGGAUCUUCUUGUCAGGUGUCAUCUCUGCCAUAUUCGUUGCAUCCACUCAUACUGCCUGGAUCCUCCUCUGCUGCCGUGGACAUGUAUUCACUGCAAGGACCUUCGGAUGCUUUACCAUCAUCUUCGUUAACUUCAACUCAACGUGACUAUCGUCUCUCAAAAUUGGAAACUUUCUUGACAAGAAAUUUGGUUACAAUUCAAAUGCUUCAAUAAGAGAGGUUUUGCUUUGAUCCAUUCAUGAAAAUUUUCAAUUAAUUUUUUGAAAUGAUCCUACUUGUAUUCUGUAAUAUCUUGUGGCACUGGGUCAUGCUCAUGCUCGAGAUAUUGUGAUGCCAAGUUGCUUAUAGUUGUACGAAUUGCUAAAAAGAUAAAGAAUAGAGUAUGUGGAGCUUUAUAUGUUUGCUUGCUUGUACGUACGUUAUCAUUUAAGAAUUUUGGGCUGUCAGCACAGAAUUCUUUUUAGGAGGGUAUUGGGUUUUGGUGAAC